AUGACUUCAAGUGUCAAGUACAAGAAGCAAAAAAAUUACAAGAGCUAUGAAAUCGACGGCGAUUUACAGGGAGAAUGGGUCCUUGAAGAGAAAUCGCAACUGAAAAAUGAGGCGAUUCCAAAAGUUGAAGAGUACAAAAACGGCGAUGUCAAUGCAAAAUCGAGAAGAGGCUAUUUCGUGAUUUUCAAUCAUCUCAAAUUUUCCGGAGCAGCUGGAGAAGUGAACUCGAAGCGAGACGGGACUGAGCACGAUCUAGAGCGCGUUUUCACGGAACUAGAAUUCGAAGUGCAUACCUAUCACGAUUUGACAAAGAAAGAAGUCGAAAGUACUCUUCAAAAAUACGAAAAUUGCAACAUGGAUGACUGUGAAAUGUUUGGGCUUGCUCUGCUGACGCAUGGAGAUGCUCAAGGGAUUGUUUCCGCAAAAGACAAGAUGCUUCAUAUUUCGAGUUUUAUCGAUCCGAUCAAGUCAAAUCCGACCCUUGUUGGUAAACCGAAGCUUUUCUUCAUCCAAGCUUGUCGGGGGCAAGGAUACAUGAACGGAGUCAACAUCGUCGACACUUCUGCUCCUGAUGGCCUUGCAAUUGAGGGCAAUGAUGACGACAUCGAUCCCGAAGAAGACGAAGAUCUUGCCGAGCGACUGCGGCUUGGAAUUCCAAAAGAUGCUGACAUCCUUGUUCAUUUCGCCCAGUCAGAAGGAUACACAUCGACGAGGAAUCCAUACGUUGGGUCCACUUUUAUUAUUGCUCUGUGCUAUUUUCUGCGAUAUGCUUAUCAACUCGAGCUUCACCAGAUUUUGGUGCGAACGAAUUCUCUUGUGGCACUCAGAGAAACAUCCACAUACGAUCCAGCCUCGGAUAGGAAGAAACAGAUGCCAGUGAUUCAAUCUCAACUGACGAAGUUACUUUACCUCAAGCCUCGGAAAAACAAGAAAUCUUCCCUUGAACAACUCAAACUCGAGCGAGAAAAUGUCAAAGUCGAGAAUAAUGUUCCCAGCUGGCUUUGCAAAAUUCAAUAA